AUGUCAUCUGACUACAUUAUGAUUUGUUUGCCUUAGGAUCGGUGUUUUUUAGGAAUCAGAGUAUCGAUAAGUUCCUCGCGUUAGUCCUUGAGUCCACAGAGCGACAGCAUCAACCCUUAUGAGCGACAGCAUCAACUAACCCUAGAGGGUAAUUUCUUGAUUACCUUUUCUUAAUUACCUCUUCGUAAUUACCUGCUUCCUCUUCUUAAUUACCUUUUCAUCCUACAAAAGAAAAUGGAAGCCUUUAGUCCCCAGCGCGACAGCAUCAACCCCAGAGGGUUUGCGAUCUGCGAGCAGACAGCUGCUGAGGCACUGGAGACCAUGGACAGGUGUGACCAUUUUGGCCGUUAUGCAUCGCGUGUCCGUCUUUGGAGACAAGUGCUGGACGUGGAUGGGAAGGUAUAAUAAGUAUGGGAAGGUAUAAUAUUUUUGUGCUCAUAAUUGGAUGCUAUCAUGUUGCUGAAGUUAGGUAGAUGGAAUUAGUUUCUAGGACCAGUAGAAUUGCUAAUAUCGAUGGAGGAGGUACUAGAGGACUGCUGCAUUUCUUGUCAAAUUAUGGAGUCGCCCGUUUAUCCCCCGGAGCUACAUGACGUCGAUUCAUGAAAAUAAUCAGCCGUAGUAUUUUUGACUGUAUCCUGUUCCCUGGAUUGAGUUUACUACUACUUCCACUACUAAUAUCAAAAGAUCCCAUAUCAAAAUGGCCAUCAAAUCCAUGAAUACUACAUGAAAGUUCAAAAUCCUAGGUUGAACAUUCAAUACACCACAUGAUAAAGAUUCAUCAAGAACAUUUGAUUCACAAAGAAGGACUGUACCCCUGGAUUGGCUCCUUUACUACUACUUCUACUAUGUUAGUACUAGAUACUAUCACAAUAUCCCACAAGAGCGAGGAACAUGAAGAUCAAAUCGCCAUUACAACUACAGGGUUGCAUCUCUCAAAUGGAGUUCGUUGCAGCUAUGCGUGCGGUCCCCGAACUCGAGAUUGACGCUUUAGUCCUCUGGCGUGCUCUAACUGGAGACCGAUACGGGGACGACCGCAUGUACCUAAGCGACUUCGCUCCUCAAGCUACAGUUAAGAGUUCUUCCCCUAUAGCCCAAUCCAUCUUCAAAAGUCGUCCUAGAGAGAAGUCAUCCUAGACAACUGGGUACAACUCUACUACUACUUCUACCAGAGCAAUUUAUAUGGUUUCACAGCUCGCAUGGCAUGGAGUGCAUGGAUCACAUGGAGGAGCUUGGAGCUAAGGGGGGAGCUUCUUGCGCCCCUUAAAGCGCUGCGCUCCAUGCACUCCACCAUGCUACUCCAUGCGCCAUGCGUGCUAUAAGCUACUCUGUAAUUAUCUACUAGGUGGAGAGUACUAGAGGCUUUAUUUGAGUACUCAGCUUUUGAAGGGAAAAUACAGGAUGUUCUACCAGGAUGUUCUACCAGGAUGGCAUGAGAUCGAUGGAUUAGCUUUAGUGUGCUGAGGUCUAAGACAGCUUUGCUCAAGAGUUUUCUCCUUUCCAGUGUGGUGCAUUUUCUGGGGAUUGGGGAAAAACACAUUGAUUUCGACAAUUUCGGAACGGCGAGUUCUUCCUACCUGCAGAGCGCCGUAGCUGACAGAACCACUCGAAAAAUUUUGCCGGCUCCUAAGCUUGCUGCAGCUCUUAAAGAAAUCCAACAAAAACGGGCUGAAGCGAAGCUGAACUGGUGUCCUGGGCACGAUGUGGCGAGAUUGAGUUUGAGUGUCUGGGCCGCACUCUUGGAUGCAGAAGCAGGCACCACGAAUGCAGCCGGAGGCUCAAGAAAGAAGGGAGGUAAGGAAAUCGGGAGCACACCCGGUGGUGGGGUCCAACGAUGUGGGAGUGCGGCUAUGCGGGUAUUAUUGCAGGAUAUGCGACAGAGUUUGCGCGAAGACGUCCAGUUGGAAGAUGGCUACCUGCUGUUCACGCACAUGAUUAAGGGUUGGAAGUUGGCAUCUCUAUGCUAUAAGUGCAUCUCUAUGGCUUCUUCGAGUAGGAAAGCCAUAGAUAUGCGACCUACUAGAGGGGGGCCAACUCUCAACCUCUAACAUGACACGAAUCGACCGCCGUGGGAGCACUAGAGGCGUCUGUCUGGAGGACAUCCGUUGGCUUUUCUGCGACUUCCCGGUCGGUUUGCGCUGUGACCCCGAUUCCCAUCUCGAGAAACAAGAGCUCGAGCUGUUGAGAACGUUCACCUCCACUGCGGCCAGCAACUUCGCGAGCAGGCUUAUGGGGGAAUUUGAUGGAGGAGAGAACUACUUUCGACACCACAUUCGGCAUGCGGAAGACCAUGUCAGUCUGGGCGAUGCGGUGAUGGAUCGCCGAGGGAGAAAGGAAGCAGAGGAGAAAAACGCUUUGAUGCAGCAGGAAAGCAAACGUUUAGACUUAAGGCCCGUUCGCCUAUAAAUUUUAUUAUCAUCCACUACAAGCUAAGUAGUCUAAGGCUUGUUCGCCUAUAAAUUUUAUUAUCAUCCACUACUUCGAAAGGAAAAAGGAUCGCUUUAAGUCUUUCUGAUAAGAUCGACAUCGGCAUUUGCUUUAAUGCCAAGAUAAUUCAGUGCAAAAAAGAGAUAGAAUCCUUUAGAUCGGUUUCACUACUUUUCGUCGUCCUGAAUCGGUCUAGGGCAGCCCACUUCACUAGGAAGUGUUUUAGGUUAAUACUGAGAGUGAGAGCUUCUCGCGACGGCGGGUUCGGUGAAUAAGUUGAUAGCGGGUUUGCUUCGUUUCGAUCGUGUCUCCUUGGUUUAUUAUGCUGAUGGUGAAUAUUGGUUGUCGCUCAUCGGUUAAAAAAGGCGGUGCCAAAUGAUACCCACCCAGGUGCCACAAGCCCUUCCCUUUGGACUAUUCGCGCAUACAAAUGUGUGCUUUAUUAAUAGUUUUCAAAAGAGCCUGAAAAUGCAAAAAAGUGAGCUGAUGAAUGCGCAAAGGGUGACUAUGUAAUCCUCGUUACGGUUGGUCUGACUCCCCUGGUCCCCGUCAUGAUCCUGCUGUCCCGCUCAGUAGCUCCCGGCCUUUCCUUUCUUACGCACCCCUUCAUUUUAGGACGUCGUUGAUUGACAAUGUAACUGCUGACUUCUUGGCGGUUCUGAAGCGGGGAAAGUAAGAGAACUGCAAAAAGUAUCUCCUUGAUAAGCC